AUGGUAAAUCAAACAGGUGUCACGGAAUUCUUACUUAUGGGAUUUUCUGAUGUCCGUGAACUACAGAUUUUGCAUGUUGCCGUGUUUCUCUGCAUUUACUUGGCGGCUCUGAUGGGGAAUUUCCUUCUCAUUCUGACGGUAGUCCAGAAUCAAUCCCUUCAUAGCCCCAUGUAUUUCUUCCUCAUCAACCUCUCAUUAUCAGAUGCUUGCUAUAUAUCUGUCACUGUCCCCAAAUCCAUGGCCACUUCAGUGACAAACAGCAAACUGAUUUCUUUCUCUGGAUGUGUCAUCCAAGUGUUUUUAGUGAUCACCUUUGCAGGGGCUCAGAUGUCCUUUCUCACUGUCAUGGCUUAUGACCGCUAUGUGGCAAUUUGCCAUCCUCUCCAAUAUACCUUAACAAUGAACUGGGGGGCUUGCCUCCAAAUGGCAGCUUUAUCUUGGCUCAGCAGCAUAAUCAAUGCUGUCAUGCUUACUGCAAAUACAUUUAGGCUGCUUUUUUGUGGGUCUAAUAUUAAACAAUUUUUCUGUGACAUUCCUCAAUUAUUAAUGAUUUCUUGCUCUGAUACAACAACCAGUGAGGCGCUCAUUCUUGCUGAUUCAAUCAUUAUGGGGUUAUUUUGCUUUUUUUAUAUUUUAGCAUCUUAUGGGUAUAUCCUCUCUACAGUAUUAAAGAUUCGGUCAGCUCAGGCUAGAAAUAAAUCCUUUUCUACCUGCAUUCCACAUGUGAUGGUGUUUAGUUUGUUUCUUUCUACUGCUUUUUUUUCUUACUUUAGGCCAAAAUCCAUGUCCUCACCAGUGGUGGACCUACUGACUGCUGUUCUAUAUACAGUUUUACCCCCUCUCAUGAAUCCCAUCAUUUAUAGCCUGAGAAACAAAGAGAUCCAAAUGGCUAUGCAGAAAAUGUCAAAGAAGAUAUUUGGAUUUCACUUCAUCUGA